AAAAGACGAAAAUUCUGAGACACAAAGCGAUAAUAAAAAGAAAAGAAGGAACGCCGAAAUAUCAGUUGGGUAAAUGACAAUAAUUAAUCACGAAUUGCGUCCAGGCAGGAGAAGAGAAGACGAAUUUCUAUUGAUGUCCGAGGUAAUUGAGAGGCCUGGCCAGGUUGCCCAGAAUGAAGAAAGGAAUGAGUAAAAUAAUGACCGAAAUGAAAAGAAAUAAAAAUAGAACGAGAGUGAGUGAGAAUAAUUCAAGUGAUAAUGAUAGCUACAAACCGGCAGAUACCAGCAACGAGAGAUCAGUUGCCUCUCUUGAGUAUACCGUUCGGCAGACUGAACAGGCUUGUAUCUGCGUCAGACAAGGCGUCAGUUUGAUGUCAGCAUAAGAUCAGCAUAAGUAGAGCUCCAGAGUUCGAACA